AUGCACAGCAAAGUAAACUCCCGCUGCUGCUCCUUCGAGGACUACAAACUGACCACUGAGUGGCUCCUGAACCACACAAGUCAACGUCCAAAAGUUGCCGUGAUCUGCGGCUCAGGACUCGGCCUGCUGGCUGACGGAGCCGCUAACAAACAAACCUUCAGGUACCAGGACAUCCCCAACUUCCCCGUCAGCACAAUGGCGGGUCAUGAAGGCUGCCUGGUGUUUGGGACGAUCGAGGACACUUCCUGUGUCUUCAUGCAGGGUCACUUCCACCUGUAUGAAGGUUACUCCCUCUGUCAGGUGACGUUCCCGGUGAGGAUCUUUAAGCUCAUGGGGGUGGAGUCUGUGCUGGUGACAAACGCCUCUGGAGGAAUCUGUCCGGACUUUAAAGUUGGAGACAUCAUGAUCAUCAAAGACCACAUCAACCUGCCGGGGUUCGCCGGACAACACCCGCUGUGUGGACCCAACGAUGAGCGUUUCGGCACCAGGUUCCCGUGUAUGUCGGACGCCUAUAGUAAGGAUCUGCGGCGGAUGACUGUGGACGUGUGCUCGGAGCUCGGCUGCAGUGACUUUGUCCGAGAGGGAGUUUACUGCAUGGUGAGCGGGCCCAACUUCGAGACCAUCGCUGAGGCCAGGAUGCUGCUGAUUCUGGGCUGUGACUCUGUGGGUAUGAGUACAGUUCCUGAGGUGACGGUGGCGAAGCACUGCGGGCUGCGAGUUCUGGGUCUGUCCCUGAUCACCAACAUGGUGUCUCUGGACUACAGUCGGGAGGAGAAGGUGCACCACGACGAGGUUCUUGAAAUCAGUAAGAUGAGAGCGGAGGUUCUUCAGAAACUGGUCACCAAACUGAUCUCACGUUGCCAGCAGCAGAGCAUCAACACACACUGACACACACACACACACACACACACACACACACACACACACACACACACACACA